AUGACUCAAGGAAACGUCCGCACCGUGAACCUGAACGACGGCAGACAAAUCCCCGUUAUUGCCUUUGGGACAGGUACUGUGCAAGCGUGGACUGACUCUGCUCCGGUGGUUGCAUCCGCCCUCGAAGCCGGCUACCGUCACCUCGACUGUGCGUGGCACUACAAGAACCAGCACCAUACCGGCCGCGCUAUCAAGGAGAGCGGUCUCAAGAGGGAGGAUGUCUGGGUGAGCAGUAAGGCCGGGAGCUUUGAUGAUGAUCCUGCCGACUUUGAUGCGCGAAAGUUCCUGGAGUCGUGCCUGAAAGAUCUCGGGGUGGAGUACGUUGAUAUGUACUUGAUACAUGCGGACAUCUUGGUCGGGUCAGUGACGGAAGCUUGGAAGCAGAUGGAGCAGAUCAAGGAAGACGGGCUUGCACGAUCCAUUGGGGUAUCCAAUUUUACCACCAACUCUCUCGCAGAGAUCUUGGCUGUCUGUGAAAUUCCUCCGGCCAUCAAUCAGAUCGAGUUCCACCCGUACUCUAUAGCCCACUAUCUGCCAACCCUCCUGCCUCUGUGCAAGAAACACGACAUCAAUAUUGCGGCGUAUGGUCCACUCAUGUCCAUUGUCCGACACAAGGACGGGCCCGUCGAUGAUGUCGUGAAGCGCAUCGCUCAGGAGAGGGGUCUGGGGGAGACAGAGGGACAGGUCUUGCUACGAUGGAACCAAGAGAUUACUGGCGGCAUCGUUGUCACCACCUCUAGCAAGAUCGAACGCAUGACGGAACAGAUUCAACCUUUCCUCGUCGACUCUCCCGCACCACCUCUCUCGGUGGAGCAUCGCCGAGCUAUUACCCAGGCCGGGGCCAGUGCUCCAUUCCGAUUUUGGGGGCAAGGCUAUCCAUAUUUUAUGAAGGGCGAAGGCAACUUUUUGGUGUGCCAUCCGGAUGCUACGCACCGUAAGAAGCCGAAUGUCAAUGGUGGUCGAGGCUGGUGA